AUGUUCCGUCCCCUUAGCGCCCGACUGGCGCGGACCAUUCGUCCCAUCGCGAGACACACCCAAGUUCGCGGCAAAUCCUCUCAGUCUUCCGCCUCUGCAGCUCAAGCUAGCAUUGCAGCCACUAGCCCCAAGCAACAGCAACAGUCUAGAUCCAUCAGCGGCAGCCCCAACGUGAGAGAGAAGCCUCACCCGGGCCAGUAUUCGAGAACCGACCCCGAUGUUACAGUCGAGUACCCUGAAGACGACCAGCUGCCUAGCAGUCAGCCAGUCCGCGGUCACGGUGGUGGCAUUGGCAAGCCCACGCUUGCUUCCUUCUCUCUCGAUGGCCACACUGGCGUCGUCACUGGUGGUGCGCGCGGCCUUGGCUUGGUUAUGGGCCAAGGCAUGGUCUACUCCGGCAGCGACCUUGCCAUUGUCGACUUGAACAAGGAGGAGGCUGAGCUCCAAGCCAAGAACCUCCUUGAGGCAUUCAAGAGAGAAAACCCAGAAGCCAAGAGAGUCCCCAAGGUAACUGCGCAUCACGCAGACGUUUCAGACCCCGCCUCUGUCGACGCCUGUAUUGCCGAGAUCCUCGCGGCUCACGGCAAGAUUGACAAUCUCGUCACGUCGGCCGGCUUCACCGAGAACUUUGACGCCAUCAACUACCCCAUUGAGCGCAUGCGCAAGCUUUGGGGCGUCAAUGUCGACGGCACAUACCUCUUCGCUAUCGGCGUGGCCAAGCAUCUCAUGGAGCGCAAGUCUCCCGGAAGCAUGGUCUUCAUCGGCAGCAUGUCUGGCUCCAUUGUCAACAUUCCCCAGCCUCAGGCACCUUACAACGCCGCAAAGGCCGGUGUCCGUCACUUGGCUGCCUCCUUGGCUGUCGAGUGGGCUGGUGCGGGCAUUCGUGUCAACUGUAUCUCUCCCGGCUACAUGCUCACGGCUCUAACCGAGAAGAUUCUCGACGACAACCCAGACCUCAAGCAGAAGUGGACUUCUCUGAUUCCCCAGGGCAAGAUGGGCCAGCCCAAGGACCUCAUGGGACCCGUCACUUUCUUGCUGUCUGAUGCCUCUCUCUACGUCACAGGUGCGGAUCUCCGUGUUGACGGCGGUUACACCGUUACAUAA